AUGACGCGGUGGGACAGCCCGCUCUUCACGCUCAUCUGGGAGGACGACGACGCGCAGGCCAAGUCGGUCUUCGCGUCGCUGUGGGAGGCCGUGGCGGGCGAGGGGCGCAAGGCCGUCAAGCCCAACCAGGCGACGGUGCAGCGCAGCCGCGACGCGGGCGGGGACUACCUGUACGUGCUCGACCGGGAGACGCAGGACAUUGUGCGUCGGAUCCUCGAGGGGCAGGGCGAGGAGGGCGGCGGGACCGUCAGCGUGCCGAACGGCGGGGGCGCCCGGGCGAGGGAGCUGACGGUCGAGCUGCCGGGGCGGAAGCUCGGGGUGCCGCAGAUGCAGAGGCACCGGAGGGCGUUUGUGGGGCUGAACCGCGGCGGCAUCGGGCUCGAGGGCGUCGGCGAGUUCACCGUCACGAGGAUGAGGGAGGGGCUGGCAACCACUGCAUGCUGGGGCUGCGGCCAGCAGGCCGGCUACCAAGCACCUGCAUUUACGAAUAAUGAUACCUCGAGGCAGGACUUGCCUCCAUGCAUUCACAUUUUGGUCUAUGCGCUGGCCGUCAUUGUGUGGAACAACAUCUUUGGCAGCAUAGCACAUCGCUACAAGCUCGGCGCAUGUCACGAUGCCGAGACCCAGGCGGCCGGCACGCAUCGUGGGUGCCAAGUGCCAAAAGACCAGCCUGGACCGCGACGGGCCUCGUCUGGUGUGGGCAAGCAACCUGAUUUCGAAGGGUGGGCUUUCCCCUUUGGGACAACAAUACGUCCUGAACCUGCAGCACAUCACGAUAUCGACGUUGGCUUCGAUGGCGCGUCGGCCGCAUCGGGACGAGACGAACGAAGAGCCGCAGAGCACCCCGCUACUUUGAUCCGAGCGGCUUCGCGCUCGUCAGGUUUCUGGUUUCUGGAAGCUUGGGAGGCAAGGGGAAGACAUCUUUUCGACGACCGAGUUGUGGCUGGUUUGCGCCGCCUGCGCACCUGUCUGUACAGCAUGUAG